AUGUUUUCUUUACAACAAGGCUAUGAGCUGGUCUUUCAGCCCCCUUUAGUUUUUCAAUCAGAUCAAAUCCUUCAAGAUCUGAUUAUGGAUCAUACUUUACUGAAUAACAGUAGUCUUAAUACUAGGAGUGGGGAAAAGGGUCAACAAAAAUCAGUCAGUUUUCAAGAAAACAAGGGUGAAAGUACUUUUGAUGAAUCCUAUAUUCGGAAACUUGUACAUAGAGAUAUUGAAAGGCAGAGAAGGCAAGAAAUGACUAAGCUUUAUGCUUCUCUUCGAUCACUUGUUCCGCCCGAAUACCUAAAGGGUAAGCGGUCGAUAUCAGAUCACAUGCAAGAGGCAAUAAAUUACAUAAGAGAUAUGAAGAUUAAUAUCAGGGAACUACAAAUUCGGAGAGACAAGCUAAAGAAGUUGUCUAAUUCAGGCAACCUUAAAGCCGAGGUUGGAAGUUCCACUUGUUGUUCGUCUGAUUUAGUCACGGUGAACCCUUGCCUUGAUGGCAUAGAAAUUCUAAUCAGUUGCAGCUUCAAAUUAGAGGGAGAAUUCCCCCUUUCCAAAGUGCUGACAGAAUUACUGGGAAGAGGACUUAAUGUUGUUAGUUGUGUCUCUACAAAAGCAAAUGAAAGGUCACUCCAUAGAAUUCAGUGCGAGGCCACCAAUUUCAAAUGCAAUGAUCUGUCCACGCUACAAGAAAGACUGGCUGAGGUGAUUAAAAUUGGUCGCGAGACCCCUUACAAAAAUGUAUGA